AUGGACGGCCAGUCCAUAACCGGGCGCGAGAUAUUCAACCGGGCAUUGCUCUUGCUGAGAGGUGAUGAGGGCUCCGAGGAAGUGCGGGAGCUUUUAGCCCAUCUUGAGUCAUUGGAUCCAACUGCGGCCGAAGGUGGAGUUUCUGAUGAGUUCUUGGAAUCAUUGGAGCGAGUGGACGUGUCAUCAUUGCCUGCUAACGCUGACUGUGCCAUUUGCACCAAUAAGUUUGUAGAUAACGAGUAUCCGUUGUUGGUGAAGCUUCCUUGUCAUGUUCAGGUGUCGCUGAAGAAGGCCCAUGUGUUUGACAUGGAUUGCAUAGCUCCAUGGCUCAAGAUGCAUCCCACAUGUCCGAUGUGUCGCUUUAAUGUGAAUGAGGCGGAGAAGAUCCGUCUCCAGAAGUUACAGGAGGAGUUGGGACUGUCGGAUGAUGAAGCUGAGGAGGGCUGGGAUGUUUACGGAUAG